AUGCAGCCAUAUAAACGCCUUGCUUUAGUCAAGUACGACGAUUACAUGGCUGCCAGGAGAGCCUAUGAAAGCCCGAAAGUUAUAUUCGAAAAUAGAUUUGUUAAGGUCUACUGGUAUAAGCCCGGUGGACUACCUACUCCACCAGCGACUGCCAAAGGAACCGUAAAGUCGCCUCCCAUGUCCAAGGACGAAGGACCACCCUUUGAUAGAGAGAAGUUCGAGCGAGAUGCGGUGGCAGCUCAGAAGAAGCUGGAGGAGAAGAAAGUCCAGAUGAAAGACGUGGAAGCAAAGAGGCAUGCGCUAGAGAAGCAGAAAGAAGAAUUAGCCCAGAAGCAAGCCGAAGAGAAGCGGAGGCUGCUCGAAAAGUUAGCGGCAAAGGUUGUGGCUCCUAACGGCGAUACAUCAAUGACUGACGCUACAAAUGGAAGCCAUGGGGCGGACGACAACAAAGUGAGCGCGCACACGAAGGCGUUACGGGAGAAAGUCGCAGAACUGGAGGCAGAGGCUAAGAGCCUGGGCCUGGAUUCAGCGCUAAGCGAUACGCCUUACCAAUAUAGAGGACGAGGAAGAGGCAGGGGUCGGGGUUCCUAUCGCGGUUGGGAAGGGUUUGCCUCGGGCUCGGAAUCAUUCAGGGGAAACCCCCGUGGCAGAAGCGCUUUUGUGGGCAGAGGCGGUGGGAAAUACAACUUGGAUAAUCGAACGAAAAAGUGGCGGUCACGGGCGACCUCAGUGGAGAGAAAGACGAGGCUCUGA